AUGUGUUCAGUGCAAGAAUCGGCUCCUGGUUUUGUUAGGGUUCUAGUUCUUGUCUCCUCUGGCCUUAGUUUUAUCUUUCACUGUCUUCGUCUUCAGAACAAGGAAAAUUUGUGUCUUUAUGGAUUUCCAAAUGAGACAUGGGAAGUGAAUCUUCCUGCCGGCGAGGUCCCUCCUGAGCUUCCUGAACCAGCAUUAGGCAUUAACUUCGCAAGGGACGGAAUGCUAGAAAAAGACUGGAUGUCUUUGGUUGUUGUGCACAGUGACUCAUGGCUCAUCUAUGUUGCCUUCUACUUUGACGCUCGUUUCAGAUUUGGAAAGAAUGAGAGCAAGAGACUCUUUCAGAUGAUAAACGAUUAG